CUGUUGAUUGGUUUUAUUCUUGUUAGAUGCGCGUGGCGAGAACUCUGAACGCGUGGGGUCUCCUAAUAGUACCCCGUGUAUACAAAAAAACUCAAAACACCUAAAGUACUGACAGAUAACCUAAAUUUAUCCGUUAACUGCAUAACUUUUUUAAUGCAGAAGUUUCACUGAACUCGCAAGUGAACUUGUUAAUAAGAUUAAGAUAAUUUUAGUGCACAAUUGUAUUGCAUUACUUUAGAUUAUAUACAGGACUUUUCGGAAUCAAGUCAUGGAAGUGUUGAAAGAAUGUACAGCUUACCUAAGUAAUUAUGAAGUUCUAAAUAUCCUUCAGAGCAUGAAAUCUAAUAAGAAACAGAAGUCAGAACAGCAGCUAGCCACGAUUACUUAUCAGACCAUUAAGUAUUUGGAAAAUACACCCUCUAGCAAACAAUCUCCUGAGAAGAUUCACAACUUUUUAAAAGCUGUAGAACCGUUCAAAUUAACUAAAUGUGAAAAACUAACGUUAUUGAAUUUGUGUCCAAAAACGGCUCUUGAAAUUCAACUGAUCAUUGAAGACAGCGAGGAACGUUUAGUAGAAGAAGAAGUUGAUUCACUUCUACAAAUAAUUGCGGAUCAAGAAGAAGAUCAAGAAGACCAACCUAAUUAGCCUAUUGCAUUGAAACAUUAAUGCUUACUUCUUGUACAUAGUCUAAUUAUACUUAUCAUGACAGACUAUAUAAUGAAAUAUAAUAUACGAGAUUCAUAAAUUUAUGAACAUAA